AUGAAACGGUAUUUAAAAAAAGCUCGUGUUCUGUGCAUCUGUUUCUUUCUCGUUAUUCUAUUUGGAGUAUGUUGGUUGGUAAAUAACGGUAAUCAAUCUAUUGCACAAUAUCGGGCUGAUAUUAUUAACCUCUCCCGAAAGUAUGUCAAAGCUUUGGCCGAAACUCAGAAUGUGGGUUUCGAUGAUCCUUACAGCGCAGAGUUGACGGGAUAUGACUUAAAGAAAACAUUGGCCGUUAUUCUAGACGACGUGCUACGUCGUAUUGACCAGAUAGAAUCAAAACUCUCUAAUUUAACGAACUCAUCUCCUGAAGUAACUAGACAUUAUUCCGAAUCUAUAAGCUCGUCACCAUUUGUACCUCAUACUGCUCGAGGUUUGAAAAUGAAUAAUAAUGAGAAAUCAAACUACAAGAAAAUUAACUAUUUGGAUCUUCUACAAGGUGCACAAGAAAACUGUGUUGUUCAAGCUAGAGAAAUACCACUAUACCCGGAAUGUUUUUCAAAGAUUGAAUGGUUGCGAACCCGUUGGGGAACUCAUUCAUGUUAUGUUGAGUUAGGAAUCGAUGGAUCAGAAUGUUCACUUAUCCGGUAUCUUAGUGAUGUUGAAAGUUUCUGUCCACGAUUGGAUAGCAGAAAAUUUCUGAAACGUCAUAGUGAAGCUCAGAUAACUCGAGAUCUUAAUGGUUUGCUUAGCAUAUUAUCCUUAGCUAAAAAUCAUUUAUUAUCGAAAUUGUUUAUGACUACACGGCUAAAACGUAUGUGGCCUGAUUGGUUAGCAGGAAUUCAACAUUAUAUAAAUGGAAUUAAUUUUUCACAAGCUGAUUAUUCAUCACUGGAUCAGUGUAAAUUUUGUUCGCCUGAUGAUAUAGCUUGUGCAGAUAUUUGUCAGUCUACCAAACUAAUAGGUCAGCCGUUUUUAUUUGGAAGACCGAAGCUCAAUAUUCUACUUUACAUGGGAUUUUUGUCGAAUGAUUUUUAUAAGAAUUCUUUCGAAUCAUAUAUCUCUAAAGGUGGUCCCCUUGGUGAACUUGUUCAAUGGACUGAUCUCAUAGGUGCCCUCUAUAUUCUUGGACACAACAUAACAAUUACUUUUGAAGCUGCUGAAGCAAAAUUGAAAUUGUUACAUCCCUACUCAAAUUCCGUACCUUGUCAGGUAGAAAAUAAUAAAUACGAUUUAAUAUACACGGAUAUUAUAGGAUUUAGAAAUUUGAAAAGAAUGAACAUCCGGACUCCAUUAUGUAAAUUUCGUAUAUUGGAUACAUUUGGAACAGAAGCUCUUUAUAACCGUAAAAAAGAACUUUGGAGUGGAUUACAUUUGAAUUUACAGCAAUUCUAUACAUUUUUACCUCAUUCACCGGAUAAUACAUUUUUGGGUUUUGUUGCUGAAAUACUCCCACCCAAAUCUAAAUUCUCUCAUCAAUCAUCAUCUAAACCUGUUGCUCUUGUUUACGGAAAAGAGGCUUACAUGUGGUCUAAUCGAACAAAUUAUUUGAGAAUUUUAUCUGAUUACUUUGAAUUACAUGGAAAUGUGAUGGAUAACGCUGAUAACUUGCCAAAAUUUGUGCAUAUACAUCAAAUGCAAUAUGGUGAACCAUAUUUAGAGUUAAUGUCGAAAGCUCAAAUAUUGAUUGGAUUGGGAUUUCCUUACGAAGGUCCUGCGCCUUUAGAAGCAAUCGCUAAUGGUCUUAUUUUUCUCAAUCCUCGUUUUGAUCCGCCUCAUAGUAGAAGCAAUCAAGCAUUUUUUGCUUAUAAACCUACUUCACGUUCUCUUACCAGCCAACAUCCAUACAUAGAAAAUCAUAUCGGUGAACCUUACUCAUAUUUGGUUGAUAUGGACAAUGAAACACAGAUACGGUUAACUAUCAAACGUAUUCUGACCAACAUUUCUAACGGAACCUAUCGUCCUCACGAAUUUACUCCAUGGGGUUUUCUCGAACGUCUUAAUGCUUAUUUGUCACGACAAAAUAUCUGCGCUGCACCUUUUUACAAAAACUUGAUCCAGUCUCCAUUGCCGAUAGCAAAAGCUGAUGCGCCUCCUAAAUUUAACUACCUAGAUGUCCCUAGCACUACUGUUUCAUGGCCUCCAGCAUCAAGUUUAAAGAUAGUUUUGGGAUCUCGUGGCAAAUCUUGUGUAGAUGUAUGUAUGAAUCUAGGAACUUCAGAACAUACUUUAUUACUGCCUUCCAAUAUUUCUGCUUCCUCCAUUCGCAACAAAACACAACAUCCCCAAAUACAGAAUGGCUACCUUUACUAUCGUUCAAUUUACACUACGCCUCCGCAAAACUUGUCUUAUCUUUAUACAUUUCGCUGUUCUCCAGAACAUUUUCCGAGUGUUAAUCAUCGACUAAACCUUCAACAUCUCGGUGUUUCUUGUCCUAAUAUUACUUACACAACUAGUCCAAUGGCACCAUAUUGGGACGAUGCAACAAGUUCAUGUGUUUUUCAAGCUAGUCAUGAAUGGUUUGACUGUACUGCCUCAGGGACUCUUAAUGAAUCUGAUGUAUUUUCUCGUUUUUGUCCUUGUCGUGAUGCUCUUCCUAACCAGAUUUCUUUAUGUUCUAACUGUUUGUGA